AUGAAUGAACCAAAAUUAAGAUCUGGUUACUCGAGUAGUGAUCAAAGUGCUCUUCAAUCGCUUUCAGAUUUAAAUCAACAUGUUCAGAAUAAAAUCAAACUGACGAUAAAGGAAGAUAAGAACAACAACUUAUUACGACAAUCUAAUGGAGUACCGUCCUCAUCAAUACAACAACAACAGCAACAACAGGAUGAAUUCCCAAGAGAACAAUUACAUCAAAUAAGGGAAACAAAUCAAGAGAAUGAAGAUGAAUAUGAAGGAGGUGAGGGAGAAGAUAGCCAGCAGAAUGAAGGUUCACAAGAAUUCAAUAACAAGCGUAUCAUUUUACAACGAUUCACUAUAUAUAAUUCUACUUCAACUAUGUACAUUGUGGGAAGUAAUUCAAAAGAAAGUUUGUUUAGAAUCAUGGAAAUAAGUAAAGAUGAAAUUAAUCCCAAUGAGUUAUCAAUAAUUGAGGAUAGAAACUAUUUUUAUACUAGAAAGGAUAUGAUUGCUUUGUUAAAUGGAUUAGAUGAAUCAAUAGAAGGAGGUAUACAUAAGAUUGCUCAAGGUUAUGGUAUGUUGGGCUUGAUUAGAUUUACACAAGGAUAUUAUUUGUGUUUAAUUACAAAAUGUUCUCAGGUUGCCAUAUUAGGAGGGCAUUUCAUUUACCAUAUCGAUGAAACUAAAUUAAUCCCAUUAGGAAGUAAUUAUAAACGUCCUGAAAAGGGAAGUGAUGAAGAAAGAUUGUUAUCGAUCUUUAAGUACAUGGACCUUAGUAAAACAUUUUAUUUCAGUUAUAGUUAUGAUAUUACCAACACUUUGCAGACAAAUUUCAUUCGAAAUAAAAAGAAAGCAACAGAUUUCCAAUUUGGGAUUAAUUCAGUGAAUGACAAUGAUUUAUUCAAUAGCUUUGAUCAUAAUGAAAGAUUUGUGUGGAAUAAUCUAUUGUUACUGCCGAUUUUGCAGAAUCCGGAGGUGGCAGCUUAUGAAUGGUUCCAGCCGAUUGUUCAUGGGUUUAUAGACCAAGCUAAUAUUUCCAUUUAUGGUAGAAAAUUUUAUAUCACUAUUAUAGCACGAAGAUCACAUCAUUUUGCAGGUGCUAGAUUCUUGAAAAGAGGAGUCAACGAUAAAGGUAAUGUUGCCAAUGAAAUUGAAACUGAACAAAUUGUUAGUGAUAUGUUGAUUACUUCUUUCCAUGAUCCAAAACACGGAUUUUAUAAUAGUCCUAGAUAUACAAGUUUUGUUCAACAUAGAGGAUCAAUCCCAUUAUACUGGACCCAAGAUAUGAACAAACUACCAAAACCGCCAAUUCAGAUAAACUUGAAUGAUCCAUAUUAUCAAAGUUCAGCAUUGCAUUUUAAUGAUUUAUUCCAUAGAUAUGGACUGCCAAUAAUUAUUCUUAAUUUAAUUAAACAAAAGGAGAAAACUCCAAGAGAGCUGAAAUUGAACCAAUACUUUAUGGAUUGUAUUAAAUAUCUUGAUCAGUUUUUGCCUAAGGAUAAAAAAUUGCAGUACUUUAGUUUUGACAUGUCUAAAAACUCGAAAAAGAAUCUUGAUGUGAUUGGACCUCUACUGAAGAUUGCAUCUACUACAGUAAGUCAAAUUGGAUUUUUCCAUAAUGGUACUAAUUUAGCAUCUACAAAACUACAGAAGGGGAUUAUUAGAACAAAUUGUAUUGAUUGUUUGGAUAGAACCAAUGCAGCUCAGUUUAUUAUCUGCAAAGAAGCAUUAACUCAACAAUUGAGAAGUUUAAAAAUCACCACAGAAACUCAAAAUCUUGAUUACGAUUCUGAUUUGAUCAAUGUUGUUACAGAAAUAUUUCAUGAUCAUGGUGAUACGAUUGCUAUUCAGUAUGGUGGAUCUAAUUUGGUGAAUACCAUGGAUUCUUAUAGACGUAUCAACCAAUGGUCUUCACAUACUAGAGAUAUGUUAAACAGUAUCAAACGUAUAUAUUCCAAUUCUUUCAUGGAUCAGAAUCGACAAGAUGCAAUCAAUUUGUUUCUCGGUAAUUAUAUCUAUUCUCCGGAUACUCCCAAAUUGUGGGAACUUCAUAAUGAUUUUGCAUUACACAAUGAUACUGCUGUGGGCGAAUUAAGGUCCGCUAGAAAGAGUUAUACACAUUGGUAUAAUGAAAACUACUUACGUGAUAGUAGAUACUUAUUUGAACAGAGUGACUACAAGAAUGAUGCUAGGUUGGACGCAUACCCGGAUUGUAAUGAUAAAUGGUAUAAUGAAUGUUAUAUUCCUAGAAAAUAUCAAUCCUUUAAGGAGUUGUUUCAAUUUAAUAUGAAUUCAAACUCGAGAUAUUUUCCUUCUAUUGACGAAAAUGGAGAUAAACUGUUUGAUUACAGUCCAUUUGAAUCUAGACGCAAAAAGUAUAGACAUUUAGGAGACGAACACAAUGAAGAUGUACAAUCUCCCAAGUCACCAAACAAUUCUAAAACAAUUGGUAAUAAUCAAUGGGGUAAAACCAAUGAUUCCAAAUCAACCAUAGUUGAUCAAUCACGAGAAAAUAAAGUAACCGUGAGCGACCAUGACUUGCAGAUUUAUUCUUCACAAUGGGAGUAUAAGAAGAUUUUGAGUCAUCAAACAGUUAACCAACAAGACUAUAGUUUCAAUCCAAGGGUGAAGACCAAUAUAGAAGAUAAACAGAUUUAUUGGUAUUAUUCUAAUGAGUUAUUAAAUAGACUUCAAGAUAGUUUCCAUGGUAAUUAUUUAGAUGUGAUUGGGCCUCAAGAUUUGAAAACAUAUCUCAGUUUUAAUGUUGGUUCAGGGUCUGGUGAAUAUUUAGAUGGAAGAUUAGAUCUUAAUACUGAUAAUAAUUAUUUCAUUUAA